AUGCUUCCUUCUGAUUGCUACAUCGAUGCCCUCGGGCUGGAAGCGUACGACAACCAGACUGGUCAGGAGUUCGAGCUGUCCCAAGUGGUGAUAGGGACACCAGCGGAAGUUUUCGACGCGUGGAUUCAUGACGUCUGGCUCGCUGGCGGAGACCAAGUGCACGAAGGUGCUGGCCGAGGAUACGUCGGAAGUGUGCGUCGAGUGCCACUGCAUAUCCCAUCCAUCUGCUACCGAGUUUGCAAACCUGGCCCAUUCCCACUGCAAAGUCAUCUGGCUAUGACGGAUAUGUCUAGGGCGUGCACUGCACGGUGCAGUUGGCUGCAUUGCGGUGGUUUAAUCCGCCUGGUCCUUCGCUUAGCGCUGAGGACAUUCCUACGAUCGCUUGCCAAGAAGCAAGAGAGCAAACAAGUCGUACAUAUAGAUGGUCCUUUCUAUUGGCCAUAA